CACAAUUCGGACAAGAGGCUGACGCGGAAAUCUAAAACGGCAUCGUUUUUUCACACCCGGCAUGUAAAUAGUACUUUCUUGCGCUUUGCAUAGAUAACGCUAACUUGUAUUUAAUGUUAAGUGCAGCUCAUUUAGAUGUGUCCGAACUGUGCAGCAUUUUAAUACCAGUUGAAAGCUUGCUUGCGAGUGGCUGAAGCUGUGUCUUGAUAUGAAACUGUGUCUGAACUGAUCGCCUGAGAUGCUGUUCACCGGUCCAGAGCUGCGGCUACUGCUGCUAUUCUCUUGUGUAACUCUUGUUUUACUUUCUCAAGUCACCGACGCCAAGAGGGAUUUAAAAAGCGCUUGUAUUACCUGUCAGCAAAUCACAGAUAACUUCAACAAGGGCUUUGACAGAACAGCAAAGCAGAACUUUGGCGGAGGCAACACAGCCUGGGAGGAGAGAAAGCUGUCUAAAUAUGAGACAAGCGAGAUCCGUCUGGUGGAGAUUGUGGAGGGCCUGUGUGACAGCAGCAGCUUCGAGUGCAACCGCAUGGUAGAGGAGCAUGAAGAGCAUUUUGAAACUUGGUGGUUCAAGAGGAAAACAAAACAUCCUGAUCUGCAUAAAUGGUUCUGCAUUGAAACUAUCAAAGUGUGCUGUCCAAAGGGAACAUUUGGACCAGACUGCAAUGCCUGUGUGGGGGGCGCUGACAGACCUUGUCAUGGCAACGGGAUGUGCGAUGGCGAAGGGACUCGUGGAGGGAACGGAAAGUGCAGCUGUCACCACGGUUACAAAGGGGAGUUCUGCCUGGACUGCAUUGACGGCUACUUCAGCGAAGUGAGGAAUGACACCUUCUCUCUGUGCACAGAAUGUCACUCAUCCUGCAAAACCUGCACUGGAGCAACCAAUCAGGACUGUGAUGAGUGCAAAGAUGGCUGGGAGGAGGAUGACCAGGAAGCUUGUGUUGAUGUAAAUGAGUGCUCCUCAGAUCCUUCUCCAUGUAAAGAAGAUCAAUACUGCCUUAACACGGACGGCUCCUACUCCUGCAAGGUCUGUGACAAAGUGUGCUCCGGCUGCACUGGAGCCGGUCCUGAUAAGUGCCAGGCUUGUGCCAGUGGGUACCAGGACACAGAGGGCACCUGCACGGAUAUCGACGAGUGUUCCCAGCCAGAGUCCGUAUGCACUGAGGAGCACCAAGAGUGUGUCAACACUAAAGGAAGCUAUGUGUGCAUCUGCUCGAGUGGCUAUGAGGAGCAAGAUGGCAAGUGUGUCCAGGUGCCACAGCCAGAAAAAGAGGAAGAGUCAGAAGCAUCUGAGACGACCACAAGCCCACACGGGGAGCUUUGAUGUAAAAACUGUGACCAAGGGGAGCAACUGGGAAGAAAGGUUGGAAUUACUGCACAUCUGAAGCAGCUCGUUUUAAAAUUGUCGACAACACGCACUUAAUGUUCCAACUGCUCUUAAGUCCAACAAAAGCUGUUCCCGCUGUGGAUCAUGGAUUAAAGGACAAAAAAAAAAAAAAAAAAAAAGACAUUUUAAGCUCUCGGUAUGCUGGUCAUUCUUGCUUUUCUUUGCUGUCCUCAAAUUACCACUUGAUGUCUUUAUUUGUUGUAUGGUUUUACAGUUGAUGGUGUUUCAAUAAAGGCGUAUCAUGUUAAAUUUAAUAUAAA